AGUAAACAUCUCAACGUCAACAAAGGUCAAUAAACAGACCUAAUAAAUAACUGGAGCGGAGGAGGACAAAUUCAAGAUCUGUUCCCCCUUUUCCUGCCUGCGCUACCCUUUUUUAUUGACCCUUUUGGCCGUUUUGAUCCCCACCCACCCACUCUCCCGUGUUGACUAGUGGCAGAUGGUCUUGCCUGGUCAGCCUACCAGAAGAGAGCUGGAGAGCUGGUGGCCCAAACAGUCCAAGUAGCGGCGUUUGCUCCGUGAAGGUCCCAGCACAGGAACUCUCCCACUUCUCACCUCCCACCUCCCUAGCCAUUUCCCCUCUAUAUCUGAGAGCAGAUUAUUUCGCCCGGAUUCUCAGCUGGCUCUGGUUUCAUCUAUCACCGCCUCACUUGUCUCUCUGGUUCUUCACCUCUCUAAUUUCGAAGCUACAACCAAACACCCUUUAUACAGAACUCCACCGGUUUCACCGGCUCUCCACUACACACGCCGCAAAUAUGUCCGACAUAGAAGAAGAAUGGAAGCCUACUGGACGGCCUCAAUCAACUAUGGCCCGCUCCCUUGCUGCUGCCCUUGAUAACGCCUUCAUGCUGGACAGUGAGGUCGACAGCCUGACACAAUCUGUUCACUAUAAGCAACAAAUGGUCACGAUUCAAAACCGCGAGCUGGAGGCCCUGGAAGCAAGAAUCCGGGAAGCUGAAAUGCGCCUAAAAGAAUCAAGUUCCCGAUCUGCCUCCCCGGAGGAACAAGCUUCCAAUAAUAACGCACAAAACGGCUCGGAUAGAAGAGAGGGCGACAUGGCAGGGCCAUUCCCAUCAGGCCAGGAUGCGGAGAAAAGACAUGCAGCUUCGUCCAGCGAUGCCAACGAUAGCACAAAUCGCGGCGACGGUCCCACCAGAGACGACACGAAAGAGAGGGAAAAGAGCGUAGAUCGAAAUUCGUAACAAAGAUAAUGUGAACGAGAAGGGCCUUCUUCAUUUUUCUCACAUAGCCAUUCUGUUCCUUGUCUCUCUGUCCGAAGACCGUCCGCAGCGACUGGGCAAGCAAUACUGGAGUAUGCCGCUUUUAUCAGCCACACGAAUUAAGAAAUACGUCUUUUGAUUUCCAUCGGCGUGCAGACUACCCUUGCCUUUUCCAUUCCAUUUCCUCCCAACAGCUUGCACCAAGAUAUUAUAGGGUAGGUACAGUUUCUGCUUCCAUUUUCUGAUUCUUCGUCCUUUCUUUCAUUCUUUGUUUUGUGCUUGGGGGUUUUUUACUUUUCUGCCCAGCUACUUUUAUUAUUUUAGACCAGUCAAUGCCUCACGCUGCGUCGUACAUACACACAUAGCAUACCAUAUCCCCCAUCCCAUCCCGUCGUUGAAGGCACCUUCCCAAUUUUGUUCACGGUCUUUUUUUUUUUUUUUUUUUCCUCGCCCUCCGGUUCCAUUUAAACCCAUUCCAGUCAUUUAAUUUCUUUUCAAGACCCCCACCAUUUCAUUCAUUCUUUCUCACCCCUAUAUAACUCGUUUUAAUACUAGCACUUCGCUCAUCUCCUAUCCUUCCCCCCCCCCUUCCCUCUUUCCAACUUGCUCCAGCUCCAAGGCGCAAUUUCUGUCACCCUCUAUUCCACAGAUAUACGUAUGCAACAACGUUCGCUCUCUUUCCUUCAAUGUCUUCCUUUUUAUGCGUCACCUUUUCACUUUGCAUUUUCUUUCUCCGCUUUACAGUUAAAGCCUUUGGGCCAUCCGAUGGACCGUAGCUGGUUUAUCCCCUCCCUCGAAUAAUACCUAUUAAUUCUUUUGUACAUAAGCUAGAAUCGAAAAUGGAAGCAGCUGAUUGGCCAUCCCUCAAGCUGCGGUAAGCGGAAGCCAUAAAUAAAAUGGGGACACAGCUGCCAUUAAGAAGUAGACUUCUAAGAGUGAUGCAGGCGCUCUACGUCCCCUCAAUAAAAUAAAAUAAAAUCGCGAGUAUAGCAUCCCUUGCGAAACAAUGACCAUGUGAUAGGGGCGAAUGAAGGAGUUAGGGGCUUGAACGAUCAGGUGUGGGGUGGUGCGGUCUCGUGCUGGUAUAUCCUCCCUGAUAGUCGUCGAUGGCGGUUUUAUUAGACUUGGGCGCAAAGAAGCACUCGUGAACACUGGGUGGAUCAAGGUCUUCAGUCAGACUGUCUAUUAACGAGGUAUUCUUCGAUCAUCUGCCUCUACGUUCCUUCAAAAUAUGCUGCAUCCGUAUCUAGUACUCCGUACUGCUCCCGCGCCCAUGACAUACAUCGGAAUCCAAAUGAACAACGUUUUGUCCUAGUCUUAAGGAAUUUGGGUAUCUAAAAUACUGCUUGCUGCACUCUUCAUAGUCAUGUGUAUAGAAUCUUGCAAUAACUUGCAAUAGUCAGGAUACAGGCCAGCGUGUCUCCUGCUCGGUCACCAGAAGGACACGUGCGGUGGGGUUGAAAGAGCGUUCGCAGUGAACUUCAUUUUGUCUAAAUCUAGCAACUCCAAUCAGAGUCUAUCUUAAAAAGUUCGAAAUAUAAAAUGCCAAUUCAUUAGGACUUAAAAAAUACGUCUUUUCAUGGUUUCAUUCAUUUCGGCAUCUGCUCAAAAUACUUCUCCCACCCGAUUUCCCUCAUCUUGGCCCCCUUAAUAUCCAGAUUCUCCACCUUGGCAUUUUUCGCAUACUCCUCUACUUUCUUCCGUAAUUGUCCAUCAAAUGCACCUAGUAUCCGCGCUGCAAGAAGCGCCGCGUUGAUACUGUUAUUAAUCCCCACAGUUGCAACGGGAACGCCUCUUGGCAUUUGCACAAUGCUAUACAAACUAUCAACACCGUCUAGCGAGCUCCCUUUGACUGGAACUCCGAUAACGGGCAGCGAGGUGUGGGC